GGGGUGGGGCGGGCUGGGCUCGGCCGGGCGGAGGACGCGCUCGGAGCGGCCGGAGGAGCGCAGGAUGUCGGCGACGCUCUACGUGCUGUCCACGCUGGGAGGAUACGUCCUCACCUCGGCGCUGCUCCUCAAGUGCCCGGGGCUGCUCCACCGGCCCAAGCGGCAGCGCUUCCGCUGCCGGCACAUCUCGCACCGCGGCGGUGCUGGGGAGAACCUGGAGAACACGAUGGCAGCCUUUCACCAUGCUGUUAACAUAGGGACGGACAUGCUGGAGCUGGACUGUCACCUGACCAAAGAUGAGCAAGUGGUCGUGUCCCACGAUGAGAACCUGAAGAGGUCAACAGGAGUCGACGUCAACAUAUCCGACCUCAAGUACUCUGAACUUCCACCGUAUCUCUGCAAGUUGGAUGUCACGUUUCAGAAAGAAAGUCACUCCGAGGGCAAAGAUAACCGCAUCCCUCUCCUGAAGGAGGUGUUUGAGGCAUUCCCACAAACUCCUGUCAACAUUGACAUCAAAAUGAACAACAACGUGUUGAUCAGGAAGGUCUCAGAGCUGGUGAGUCAGUAUAAACGAGAGCACUUGACAGUAUGGGGGAAUGCCAAUUACGAGGUGGUGUCCAAGUGUCUGAAGGAGAAUGCUGACAUUCCCAUCAUCUUCUGUUUGCAACGUGUCCUGCUGCUGCUGGGCCUGUUCUACACCGGUCUGCUGCCAUUCAUUCCUUUCAAGGAAGAAUUCUUGGAAAUCCCCAUGCCUUCCAUCAUCCUCAAGCUGAAAGAACCAGAAAAGAUGUCAAGAAGCCAGAAAUUCAUUAUCUGGCUAGCUGACACACUGCUAAUGAGGAAAGCACUUUUCGACCACCUCACUGCUCGGGGCAUUCAGGUAUAUAUUUGGGUACUGAACGAAGAACAGGAAUACAAGAGAGCUUUUGAUCUGGGAGCAACCGGAGUCAUGACAGACUAUCCCACAAAGCUCAAGGAGUUCUUACACAACUAUCCCGUGUAAAUACAGGAGGACAGGGAAGACUCUGCAGAACAGAUGGAGCCGAGCAAUUUAAUCAAAGGAAAGUUGAGCAAUGUCCACAAAUCAUGUUGUUGGGAGGGUGAUCCUUGACCUCGUCAGGUUGCCACCUGAUGUAAAGGCUGUCUAUUUAUUUUGAGACUUUAAUUGCAUAGUUUACGUCUGUAAAUAGAUCAUGUAGCAAAGGUGCCCUUCACUCAUAGUCGUGACUAAGAAGAAAGUUGCUGGAUAGGAUACCUGUAGAUAAUAAGUGUUGUUUUACCAGUCACAAGUGUUCCUAAGCAGAUGUCAAGACACGUCAAUUACCCCAAUUAUAUUUUAGUGUGCAGAAACCAGAGGGUUUCUGAAAGUGCACCCUUUGUGUAUGUAUUGCUUGUGUUGCUUUUACUUUUCAGAUAAGUUGUAGGGUAAGAAAGAGAAACAAGGCACAGGAGAAAUAGGAAGCAGAGUCUGUGGGCAGCCAGUCAGUCCGGCCUGGGAAGGGUAGUAAAAGCAGCCACUUCUUUCUUUCUUUCUCCUUUUUUUUCCCCCCCAAACCAGAAUUAACCCACUUGGUCAGUGUAGGUUUACUCAAUUAUUCUUACUGAUAAGAAUGCUGAGCUCCACGUACAGCUGUAUUUAGACUCCUUUUUGAUGUGAUGGUCAUACAGUGACUCACUGGUCAAGGUCCAGACACAGCAUUUGUGCUUGCUGCUGAGUCUGCUCAGUUCUUCUGCAAGGAUCUGCUUUGCCCCUGGAUCUGAGCUGCCUGCCAGGCUGCCACAGUGAGCUUCCCAUAGAGGGAGGUUGCACUUGGUAGAGAUUACACCUCCUUUGAAAUACUCUUUUCACAAAGGAAACCAAUGUUUUUAGGAGUCCUUUGCACUUUCAUAGCUCUGACACCUCUUGGCUCGAUUAAUGGGAAACUGUUUUUGUUUUGUUUUGGAUGAGGGACCAAAAAAGACUUUAAAUUUGGUCAGGAGUUUUAGGAGCAACGUAAAAGGUUUGUUUUAAAUGAAUUCACCCAAAGCAGAGAUACAUAUGUAUAUAUAUAUAUAAAUAUAUAUAUAUAAAUAUAUAGAUUCAUGCCUGUAAAAGGAGCAGGUAUCAGUCUAGGAUAUCUGUAAGUUUUAGUCUUUUUUUCUCCACAUUCAGUAUGGAUGAAGUUGAUGGGCAUGGACUCAGAGGUAAUUUUCCCAGCAAAAGCCAGGAAUCCCCCAAUGUCCUGGAAUGGGGAUGGAUAGGAAUGCGUUUUUAGAGGCUGAGUGCUGUUCUGCCCCUCUGAACAGAUGCUCUGUGUGUCAGACAUGUCCGGGCCUGCGAUGCCUCUGCUUUGGCAUUAGGGUUUUUAGCAUGAAUUUGACUAUUUUAGCUUAAUUAUUCACAGUGACAUGUGUAGAGCCCAGUCAUCAGGUGGUACUGCUGGAACACAGCUGUUGUGUAGUGAUGAUAGUAUCUAAUUCCCUACGGACCUUCAUGUGAAGGUGAUCUCAUUCAAUAAUAAUUACAGUAGCCAGGACAAGGGAGAGAUUCACUGCAAGAUAUCCCUGUUAUUCUAAAAGUUUGUGAAGUAAUGAAUUCUUUUCCCUUCCCAUCUCAGACUUGGAAGGGCUCUCGUUUCACUGCAAGGCUGCUGUGCCAUACCUGUAGUCGUGGAGCAUCUUUGCUAUUCCAUUAUGCCCACCCAUGGUAGGAUGUCAGGUCCAUCUGAGUGGAUAACAUUCAUUCGUGUUGUGCACAGUCCCAUUUGUGCAAUGCCCAUUUAAGAAAAGGGAAGUUCCUUUCCAAGGGGUUCUUAUGGAUGACGUAGAAGACAUUACUGCAUUUACAGUUUGAACGUGUGACAGUGGUGACAAGUGAGUUAAUGGGUGUCCUGCUCAAUGUCUGCCUACUUGAGAUGGCUGUAGAUUCAAUUUCCUUUUAAUUUAAUCAGGCCUGUUGUAUAUUGAAUGACUGAGAGGAAAACGUAACUUCCUAUCUGCUCAUAGGAAUAAGGAUUACAUGAUUUAUCACAUGCUGUGCUUCUUGUUUUGACUUCAGACCAGUAAUGCUGGUCAGGUAGCUGCUAAUCAUCAAUCUGGUCGUAUUUCUUCCUGUUCUCUGAUGUUCACAGAAUGCUUUCAGAAUAGGCUCCAUAUGGAUCUCAGCAGGUAAAUGAAGAACUACUGCCCUCUGUGUUUGGAUUUGGUUUACUGUUCACUUACAGCUCCACAUCCUACGUUUUCAUGCAAUGUAUUUUUUUUCUACUCAAUUUCAUUGCUGUCCAAUUUCCAACCUUCACAUCUCCACUGAGACACAAACACAACUCUGCUUUUAUCCAAUGCCACUGAAUAGCACAAGGUAGGGCUUCUCUCAGGCUAGGAAUAGCUGAGUUUUAAAACACCACUUUUGAUUUCUGGACUCGGUCUCUCAUGGGACACACAAUGACUUCAUUUUUUUCCCUUCAGUUUUCCCCCAUUGCUGCAUAAGCAAACUAUUUUGCUUUAUCCUGUAUUGAAUGACAGAACACUGCUAUUAAGAUGGACUUUGUUUUUACACGAUAAGCUACCCGUUCUGCUGUAGCAGUGCUGCUGGGAACUUGUGCCUUCAGGGAUGCUCAACACAUUCUUCAACUGCUGCUCUUCCUACAUCUGCUGUGGCUUUUGACUGUGCUGCUCAUACAUGAGCUCUCCGUGAUAAAUCUGCUGCUUAAUGCCUGAAGGUUAAAUAAGAUACAUGGAAAGGAGUGCUGAAAUGACUGCUGAACUCAUUCAGUCUCUCAUUUGGAGCACAGUAAAGGAGCCAAAGGCUGAUCUCUUGACACAGACAGCAUUGCGUGGAAGAAGCCAUGAAUCUGAGCACCAGUUCACAAUAGGCCACAAUAACUGCAUGUAACAAAAUGACGUGGAAUGGAGGAGUCUGUAUGAUGUCUGUUCUGAACUGCCCUUUGUUUGAAUGUUCCAUAAGCUGAUUUCAAAACCACUUGCACAGAAAACCACUGGUUGAGGUCUUGCUCAGCCAUCCAGGAGGGUGUUCAGUUAACCUCUGUCUCCCAGCAGAGAUUUCUUUUGUUCCCUUUGGGUAAUUUGAACUCUGAGCAUUGUUUAAUACGUGCUGUGUUCUCCAUCUUUUGCAAAACACUUUAUGAAGGACGAUGCUCGUAUCCCAUGCACUUUUAUUCUGCAGAAACAGUUUUGGACCUCUCUAGCUGAAAAUCUGUGAUGAUUUUUUUUUUCUUUUCUUGUAAGGAAAGGUCGAUGUUCUUGAAAUGUGACACGUUCAGAUAUCUUUGCUCAUAAAAGAUCUACAACUAAAUACUA